CGAGGUAUCUUCUGCUCAAGACAUGAUGGCUCAUCAAAUAGCCGAACUUACUGAGCAAAUGCGGCUAAUGAAUGCACGAGGAAGUCAGUCGGUGCAGACCAAGACGGUAGACACAUGCGGGGCAUGUGGAGUUCAGGGGCAUAGAUCCGAGGUCUGCCCAUCAGCUUUCGACCAAGAGGUUGGAGAACAAUAUGUAGAUGUCAACGCCCUCCAAGGUUAUAAGAACCAGCAGCCCAACGACCCCUACUCCAAUACUUACAACCCCGGGUGGAGAAAUCACCCACACUUCUCGUGGUCAAACAACAGCAACACCCUCCAGCCACCUCGUCCAAACUUCAACCAACACCAGCCCCGUCCGAACUUCAUGCAUCAAAAACCCUGCCCCAACUUCAUUCCCCGUCCCAACUACCAACAACAACAGCAAGCCCAAGAGUCCGGUUCGAGCUCGUCGAACCAAGAUGACAAGCUAGACAAGAUCCUUCAGUUUAUCACCAACCAGGACUCAUCUAUUAAGCUUCUCGAGACGCAAGUGGGUCAGCUUGCCAUGAGAGUUGGCAACAUGGAGGCUGAGUCAGACAAGGGAAAACUUCUGAGCCAGCCCGAGCAAGCAAAGGCGAUCACUGUGUUGAGGAACGGGAAGGAAGUGGACAACAAGGUAAGAAUGCCCGAGCCUGAUGACCCCAAACCAACCGACCAGCCCAAGGAAACUGAGGAGGGCAGAAAGAGCACAGAAACCGACUCGGUAAAACCGUCAGAGAAUCCCCUACUGCACAAGUCUCCAAACCCUUACAAGCCACGCAUCCCUUUUCCAAGCCGACUUCGAGAUGAGAAACAAGAGCAGCAAUUCCGGGACUUAUACAACAUGCUCUCUAAAGUCAACGUUAACUUACCUCUCCUGGACGUGAUCAAAAACAUGCCAUCUUACGUGAAGUUCUUCAAGGACUUGGUCACGAAGAAGAGGAAGGUUGGAGAUGGGGAGAAAGUGGUGGUUUAUGAGGCAGCGAGUGCCAUGCAUCAUGAUCUCCCAAAGAAAGAACGGGACCCCGGGGGUUUCGUGAUAAGAAUUGCUCUAGGGAACGGAAAGGAGGCUUCGGGGAUGCUUGACCUCGGAGCGGGAAUCAACCUUAUGCCGUUCUCGAUCUUUCAGCGAUUGGGUCUCGGUGAUUUGAGACCAACCCGUAUGUGCCUCCAGCUGGCUGACCGUUCGAUCAGAUACCCCAAGGGGGUAGUUGAGGAUGUCCUUGUUCGUGUCGGGAGGCUCAUUGUCCCGGUAGACUUUGUCGUUUUGGAUGUGGGGGAUGUGCACGAAAACGAGAAAGACCACACCAUCCUUCUUGGCAGACCAUUCAUGGCCACCACCAACACGCUCAUUGACGUGAAGAAUGGGACAUUGAACAUGACAGUCCUAGGAGAGUCAGUGUCCAUUUCCGUCCGAGAGGCUACCUCAGCAUCCUUGGUGAACUUUGUAGAGGAGUGUUCGAUC